AUGGCGUUCAUGACCAAGAAGAAACGCUACAAGUUUGGGGUGCAGUGCUGCCUCGAGGAGCUCACGGAAGUGCCAUUCGUCUCCGGUCUGCUUUUCGCGAAGGUGCGUCUGCUCCACGGUGGCAAUUUCCAGGAACACUCUAGCAGGGAGGAGGUGCGCAAUCACGCGGUGCGGUGGAACGCUCAGUUCUCGUUCGUGUGCAAGAUGUGCGCCAACGCGAACACGGGCGUGCUGGAGCCAGCACUCAUGCGCGUCUCCGUGCGGAAGGAGUGUAAGGGUGGUCGUUCGUACCAGAAGCUGGGCUUCUGCGACGUGAACCUGGCGGAGUUGGCGGGCGCGGGGGAAGCGACGCGGCGCUGCCUGCUCGAGGGAUACGAUCUGCGUCGGCGACAGGACAACUCGGUGCUGCGGCUGCGCAUCAAGAUGAGCAUGAUCUCCGGGGACCCACUUUUCAAAGUGCCGGAGCGCAAGAAGGAUGCGCCCGAGGCGAAGGCGGACAGCGGGUCCGAGAGCGCGGCGCCCGACGACGACGCCGCCUCCUCCACCGCCAGCUCCGGCUUCGGCUCACUCACCAAGAAGAAGAACUAUGAGGGCAGUCACUCGCAGCCGCUGUCGUCGCUGCCGUCGUGCGAGCUGCCCGACCCCGACUCGGACGACCCCGCCCCCGCGCCCUCCUCCCUGCCCGCGCCCGCCCCCGCCCCCCACCCCGCCGCGCUGCACGCCCUCGUGGACCACGCCGGCGGUAACGCGGCGUGCGCCUCCUGUCUGCAGCAGCACACGCACUCGCGCAACUCCUCAAACACCUCGGGCGAUAUGAGUAGCAAGGCGUCCGGGUACGGCAGCUCCGCGUCGGGCGCCUCCGCCCACUCCCGACACAGCUCCGAGGGGGACGCGCCCGACACACGCACGCACCACAGGUAA